UUAUGUUGUGUUUCAUUCUGUUUUAGCCACAUCAUUAACAAUUUUUGUUUGAAUUAACUCUCUUAUAUGUGUUGUAAAUAGAAUAGUCGUACCUAGUGCCAAACAUGAAUGCAUCACACAUAAACGCUUAUCAUUAAAAAUAAAACUAAAAAGCAGUCUCGAGAAGGUUUCAGCGAUAGCGCCGGUCAAGUUUUGAGUCUCGCACAGUGAUGUUCGAUUGAACCAUCUGUUACAUAACAGACGUACUGCACAGUGAACAGAGCGGCAUUAGAAAGUUUAUCAGCACGGGCCGAUUUGUCCCCAUAGUCAGUUCUUCAGGAAGGCCACCAAUAUGGAAGCCCUAGCCGUGGCACUGCAGCCACACAAGGAUAUAAUCGGUCUAUCUGCGGCCAUCAUAACGGUACUGCAAUUCUUCAGCGGAGUGUUCGUGGUGAACGACAUCCGCCGCAAGGGCAGUUCGGAAGGAUUUUCGGCUGGACCGUUCCUCGGAGGUGCCGUGUUCAGUUUGCUCAACAUCCAGUUCGGACAGAUGCUGCAAGACGAUGCCAUGAUAAAGGUCAACAUGAUCGGUUUGGGCUUGAACGUGGUGUACGUGUGUGCCUUCUACUGGUACACGGUGGGACCGGCCAAGAACAAGGUUUGGGGACAAAUCGGUCUGGCCGGAGCGAUUGCUGUCGGACUGAUUGCGUACGUGCAAUACGAAGACCCCAAGGUGGUCCAAUUUCGCUUCGGCAUGAUAUUGACUGUUAUUCUGCUGAUUCUGGUCGGGAUGCCGUUACUGGGAUUGGGACAAAUUCUAAAAAGCAAAAGCACCGAAGGACUACCAUUUCCGAUCAUUCUUUCCGGUAGUUUUGUUUCUCUAGCGUGGCUACUGUACGGGAUCGUUUUAAGGAGUGAGUUUCUUGUGGCGCAAAAUGCUAUCGCUUUGGCAUUGGGCUUGGUGCAGCUGUCGCUGUUCGUUAUCUUCCCCAAUAAAUCGUCGGUCAAAUCGAAGAAAAAGACAAACUAAAGCAUCACCUGUGAAAUAAUUUCGAGAUUAUAUGAACUGUUUGGAUAAUGACAAUAAUACUUUGGUAUGAGGAUGUUAGAUUUGGGCGAAAGGGUAUACCUAACCACUUUUUAAAUGCUUACAUUUAGAUAUUAUAAUUAAUACUUUAACUUCCUUUACAUUUGACGCGUAAGAGAAAAAAAAGAUUCCAUAUUUUUAGAAAAUAGAAUACAUAAAUUUCAAAUUUUACUGUAGGUUAAUGUUGUUCGCGAUUCAUAGAAUAUUGAGCAACGUUGACGGAACGAUUGAAGACAAUAAAAAUAAAGUUUUCUAUAGAAAAUGAAGAAACUGUACCAUUUAAACAAAUAGGGAGAUGAAAUAAUAUUUUUAUAGUUAUUAUGUGCAGUUUACUACGGCAACUAAGCGAAAAAGUAAUGUAGGAAUCGCUUUCAUACGAAAAAUAAAAUGUUAUAGAACUGUUGCUCAAAGAAAAUACAUAUUUUCCAGUAAUAAAAUUAUUCUAUUGUUAUGAAUUAAACUCAAACAGAUAAAAA